UCCCGCCCCGCUGCCGCUGCCGCUGCCGCUGCCGCUGCCGCCGUGCCCGGGAGCCGCCCGCGGUGCUCGGCCACCCGCCCGCAGAUGGAAAUGUCGGAAGAUGAUAAUAACAUGGAAGAAUACCCCACUGAAAUUCAUGAUUAUCUCACAGCAUUUGAAAAGUCUCUUGGUUCUGUAGAUGAGAUGCUGAAGACAAUGAUGUCAGUUUCUAGGAGUGAGCUUUUGCAAAAGUUAGAUCCUCUUGAGCAAGCAAAGCUGGAUUUGGUUUCGGUGUACGCAUUAAAUUCUAUGUUCUGGGUAUACUUGGCUACCCAGGGAAUCAAUCCAAAGGAACAUCCAGUGAAACAAGAACUGGAGAGAAUAAGAACAUACAUGAACAAGGUCAAAGAAAUAGCAGACAAGAAAAAGGCAUCCAAACUCGAUAAAGGAGCUGCUUCUAGAUUUGUAAAAAAUGCACUCUGGGAACCAAAUGCAGAAAAUGGACAUACUUCCAAAUCUCCUGCUAAAGGAAAAAAGCAACAGAGGGACUAAAUCCUUUUUUCCCCUCAUAAGAAUUGCAGACACCUAGAACUUACUUGGAAAUGUUUUGCAUACUGCAUGCAUCUCACAGAAGUGCUGUAUAACAGAUUAAUUUAUACUUACAAAUUUUACAGGAUUCUAUUUUAUCCAGAAUAAAUUUUACAGGAUUCUACUUUAUCCAUUUGUCACUGAGGUGAUCACAUUUAAUGUGUAUCUAAAAGUGCCAUUUGAUGCACACUGGACAUUUCAUUACUCAGAUGAUAAUGACCUGACAUAUACUUGUUGGUAAUAAAUACUAGUGAUGUUUUGUUUAUAAUGCCUAUGAAUUCAACAUUUUAAAUGAUUUAUUGAUACUUUUUUAUAUGUCCUCAAUCUCCUCAAUAUUAAAAAGUUUCAAACACUGCUA